AUGCCUUUGAACAAAUCGAAUAUAAGAGAGUACAAGCUAGUCGUCGUUGGUGGCGGUGGUGUUGGUAAAUCUGCAUUAACCAUACAAUUGACUCAAUCACACUUUGUAGAUGAAUACGAUCCCACAAUUGAGGACUCAUAUAGGAAGCAAGUGGUGAUUGACGAUGAAGUAUCUAUCUUGGACAUCUUGGAUACUGCCGGGCAGGAAGAAUACUCUGCUAUGAGGGAACAAUAUAUGCGCAACGGCGAAGGAUUCCUGUUGGUUUACUCUAUAACAUCCAAGUCGUCCCUUGAUGAGCUCAUGACUUACUAUCAGCAGAUAUUGAGAGUCAAAGAUACCGACUACGUACCAAUUGUGGUUGUUGGUAACAAAUCUGAUUUAGAAAACGAGAAGCAGGUUUCUUACCAGGAUGGGUUGAACAUGGCGAAGCAAAUGAACGCUCCUUUCUUGGAGACAUCUGCUAAGCAAGCAAUCAACGUGGAAGAAGCAUUUUACACCCUAGCAAGAUUAGUCAGAGACGAAGGCGGCAAAUACAACAAGACUUUGACAGAAAAUGAGAACUCCAAGCAAAAUUCUCAAGAUACAAAAGGGAGCGGUGCCAGUUCUGUGCCUAGAAAUAGCAGUGGCCACAGGAAGAUGAGCAAUGCCGCCAACGGCAAAAACGUCAACAGUAGUACAACUGUCGUGAAUGCCAAGAAUGCAAGCAUAGAGACUAAGGCGGGGUUGGCGGGCAACCAGACAACAAAUGGUAAGACACAAACCGACCAUUCCGAUAUAGACAAUUCCACGGGCCAAGCUGUACAGACCAACGCCCAAAACACUAAUACGGUUCACAAUCGUGUAAAUAAUAACAAUAAGACAAGCCAAGUUCCAAAUGCUAAACAAGCCAGGAAACAGCAAGCUGCAUCCGGCAGUAACACCAGUGAAGCCUCCAAGAGCGGAUCGGGCGGCUGUUGUAUUAUAAGUUAA